UUCCUUUUUCCGAUUGGGGAGCACUUGGCCCCCUUCGCCCUCGCUCCUGAAACCCUAACCCUAAGCCCUCCAAAACCCUAGAAAUUCUCGAUUCCUCACGCUCAAGAAUCAAAUUUGUCAACCUGAGAUUCGUCCGCUCAACGCUUUGCAUGAUUCUUGGGUGUCGAUCGAUCCAUGAAAGUCUCCGAGCCGCUGGAAAUCGCCCCAGAGGAGCAGCGAGGAAACGCCGAAGAGGAAUCCGGCGGCGGCGGUGAAAAAUCCAGGGAUGAGGCUGUGAUCGAUGUAUCCUCGAAGAAUUGGGAGGUUUCCCUCUUCGAGAGACCAACGCCGCCGAAUGGCUUGGUUGAAGGCUUGUAUGUGUUUCACAAUACCUUUCAUCUGAUACCCAGGGCGCUCUGGCGGUUCGAGAAACUGAAGACGUUGAAAUUCUUUGCAAAUGAGGUGGAGGCGUUGCCGCCGGAGGUUGGGGAGUUAGCUGAGCUUGAGAGGCUGCAGUUGAAGUUAUCUCAGCCUGGGGAUUUCAAUGGUUCAUUGAAGAAGAUGAAGGCCUUGAAGGAACUUGAGCUUUUUAGGACCCCGCCAAGGCCUUCGGCUUUCUCGAUUAUAAGUGAGAUUUCCAGUCUUAAGUGCCUCACAAAGCUCUCAGUUUGUCAUUUCUCCAUUAGAUAUCUUCCUCCUGAAAUUGGCUACCUGAAGAAGCUCGAGGAACUGGACCUUUCUUUCAAUAAAUUAAAAAGUUUACCUAAUGGGAUUGCUGAGCUGCAUGCCCUUAAGUUACUAAAAGUUGCUAACAAUAAGUUGGUCGAUCUUCCUUCCGGGAUCUCUUCAUUGCAGAGUUUGGAAAAUUUAGAUUUGUCAAAUAACAGGCUCACUUCAUUGACUUCGCUUAACCUCGCUUCAAUGCAUGCUCUUCAGUUUUUGAAUCUUCAGUACAAUAAGCUCCUCAGUCGUUGUCCAAUCCCUUCGUGGAUAUGCUGCAAUUUUGAAGGAAAUGGGGAGGAGUUCGUUAAAAAUCACAUUGCCAUUGAGGUAGAUCAUGGACAUGGAGCAGCUCUUCACCGAGUUCACGGAAGCCGUUCUUGUAAUGGUUGUCAUGGUACCUCUUCAUCGUUAUACUCAGAGACCAUGCUAAGCAGUAGAUGUUGUGUUACCCAAAGGAUGAAAAAGGGUUGGAAACGCCGUGACUACAUACAACAAAGAGCUCGCCAAGAACGUUUAAAUUACAGCAGGAAAUGGAGGGGAGAAGAUCACUAUGAUGACAUGGCUGUUAAAAUGGUAGAAGAAAGUAACACGUCUGAAUUAUCUGAUGUUGAAAGCAGGGAGUCUCAUCUUGAUGAUGAUAAGCAAUCAGAUACUUCUGCAAAAUCAAAGUUUUUGAAGCAAGAUAUGCUAGACAGUAUAGUUCUCAAGGAUGAUGGAUGUGAUCCCACAGUAUGCAGCAGUUCUGUUGUUUCACAGAGCUUGGUUGGCUGUGAAAAAAAUUGCUUGAAUGAGAAAAGCUUCGAAGAUGACUCUUCACGCAUUACCUCUGAUUCUUCAAUCUUGAAUAAAGACUAUGAUUUUGAAAGUGUUACAGAUCCAUUCUGUUCAGUUAAAGAAAUCAGUUUGCCAUCUGAAAGUUCUUCAGAAGCAUCUUCAUGCAUUUCAAAAUCAAAAAGGCAUUCUGACAAGGAUCUUCAUAAUCCCAAACCAAGCAUUCGAAGGCCAGUUGAUGACCUAAAUCUAUCCUGCAAGUACAGCACUGAGUCAUUCUGCAGCAUAAAUGACCAUCUUCCAGAUGGCUUCUAUGAUGCAGGGCGUGAUCGUCCUUUCAUGUCCUUGCAUGAUUAUGAAUGUAGCUUGUGCCUAGAUUCAAGGGAAGUUAUUCUUCUUGAUAGAGAGAAGGAUGAGAAGCUGGAUGCAAUUGCUUUGACUGCACAGAUACUACUUUCGAGCUUGAUCAGGUCAAAUUUAGCUGUGGAACAUGAUGAAUCGUUAGACAAUUUGCAGAGGGCAUCUAUUCUUGCACUCUUUGUGUCUGAUUGCUUUGGAGGAAGUGACAAGAGCAAUUUGGUCCUGAGAACUCGGAAAGCUAUAGUUGGAUUAAAAAAGGAGAAGCCAUUCAUCUGCACAUGUUCUGCUGGAAAUGUUUAUGAUAAUUUGGAAACAUGUAAACAGAUGUAUGGUAUUCCAGGAGAUCUCACUUUCACUGAGCUAUGUGAAAAUUCUCUUCGAUUGAUAAAAGAAAGAAGGAAUUCUACUGUUGUACCAAUAGGUACCUUGCAGUUUGGUGUUUGCAGGCACAGAGCUGUCUUAAUGAAGUAUUUAUGUGAUCGAGCGGAUCCUCCAAUUCCAUGUGAACUUGUGAGGGGCUAUUUAGAUUUCUUGCCACAUGCUUGGAAUGCUAUUCUUGUCAAGAAGGCUGAUUCGUGGGUUCGGAUGGUUGUUGAUGCAUGCCAUCCAACUGACAUACGAGAGGAGACUGACCCAGAGUACUUUUGCAGGUAUGUCCCUCUUAGUCGGGUACAUGUGCCCUUAACAACUGAAGAUUCCUCAAUAUUAGGUUGCUCUUUCCCCUCACCUUCAUUAUAUCCUGGAGUGGAGAAAGCACCACCCCGUUCUAUAGUUCACUGCAAGUUUGGAAAUCUUGAUGCUGCUGUAAAGGUCAGGAACUUACAAGCGCCUGAAUCAUCUGAUGAAGAAAUUAGAAAUUUUGAGUACGCCUUCCUAGGUGAAGUCCGAAUGCUUGGUGCUUUGAGAAAAAAUAGAUGCAUUGUUCAAAUUUAUGGACAUCAACUUUCUACCAAGUGGGUAGGCAGUGAAAGCAGGUUGUUGCAGUCAAUGAUUGUCAUGGAAAAUGUGAAGGGUGGUUGUCUGAAGAGUUACCUAGAAAAAUUAUCAAAAGAAGGUGAGAAGUAUGUUCCUCUUCACAUAGCUUUGUCUAUCGCUAGAGAUGUUGCCUAUGCAUUGGUUGAAGUUCACUCCAAGCAGAUUAUUCAUCGAGACAUAAAAAGCGAAAACAUUUUAAUUGAUCUGGAAUGUCAGAGAAGUGAUGGCUCUCCAAUUGUCAAACUCUCAGAUUUUGAUAGAUCAAUUCCUUUACAUUCAUCUUUACACAGUUGUUGCAUUGCACACCUUGGCGUCCAUCCAGCGGAUGCAUGUGUUGGAACUCCUCGAUGGAUGGCUCCAGAGGUGGUGAGAGCUAUGCAUCAAAGGAAUCCCUAUGGAUUGGAAGUGGAUAUUUGGUCAUAUGGCUGUCUUUUGCUGGAGCUGCUUACUUGUAAAUUCCCUUAUGAAGGAAAAACUGAGUCAGAACUUUAUGAUCUCUUGCAGAGUAAACAACGUCCAAGACUCCCAAAUGAGCUUGAGGCACUAGUUUUACCGAAUGAUCCAGAGACAGCAAGAUCAGCUCUGGGGCUCUAUUCAGAGGCUGAUCCUGAGAUAUUGAAACUUCUGGUUAGCUUAUUCUACCAAUGCACUGAAGGAGAUCCUGCUGACCGGCCUACCUCGCAAUGUAUUUACAAGAAACUAUCUGCUUUCCGCUCACAAACCGACGAAGCUAAGCUUAGAAGUUAACAUUUUUAUACGAAGCUACCGAAAUUUAGUUAGUCCCUAACUCGAACCAUUGACCUUCAGCAUAACCGUCCGCCUGCCCAUCGACACCUCAUCUGAGAAAUAGUAAUUUGUGUGAUUGCUUCAAUUGUUCGUAGCUCUGUCCGACGGUGUACUCAAUGAAGGUGUUAAAUUUUAUUGAUAGGAACAAAAGCCGGUUGUCGACCCGUAUUUAUUUGUAAUUCGAAUUUAAUCUGUCAAAGCUUGUUGCUUGGACUUUCUUAUUUCUCUGUGAUGAGUUCUAUUCAAAUUUUCGCGUUAUUAUUUCUUGAGAAUAACUGGAUACAAGUGUUGAUUAUUUUUUUUUCUUGUCCCAGAAGAACUUGUUAAUUUUGAUUGUUGGACAUGUGAAAGUUGUAUUUUCAGGUUUGUGUGUAUAUUUAUUUGAUUGUUCA